AUCAAACAACGCAAACAACGCCUUUUCGGCGUUACUGGCCUCGGCGAAGCACAAAGACCACCCUACAAGAUGCUAGGAUCAUGCCUUGCUUGAGCUUCGCCAAGUCGUACGAGCAUUCGGCAUUUGUAGAUGCUGCAUCUGAACACUGUGCUGUAUUAUGAAUCAGCAAUGCGGAGUCGAACGUGGAGUAAACAGGCAUGCGCCGGGGGUCCUGCGCCGUCCUGAGAUGUGCCGUGCUGCCCUAAGCUGGAAGACCAAUAACGAAGACUACAACUGUCAUACCUGCUGCUCCUGUUCAUGUGGACCUUUGCCAAGUACCGCGAUUAGCGUCUGGCGACACUAGAACGUUGCUACGGGCAUCUGCCGAACGACAGCGGAUGGUCGGAAGCAGGGCUAUCCAGCAAGAGACAAGGCGACCCCGACUGUCUAUAAGACGACUGCGAGCGAUCCAUCGCAGUGAACACACAUCUGAACGAAAUUCCUGUGCUUCCAGGUUACCAACUCGAAGACAUGGCUGCUGUAGCCAUUGCCCCCAGUGACCCCUUCUUGGUCCAAGAGCCCACUGCCGGUUCUCGCCAAGCGACAUCAAAUGGACCAGAAGAUACUACUCCGCCUGCAGCGCGCAAGACGGAGCUCAAGAGCAAGUGGCCUGCGACCGAGGACCUUUAUGGAUCCAAUCUCCCCUGUCGCCUCGAAGGGGAGGUAUCGGACCUGGUAGUCCUGGGAGAAAUCCCCAAAGAAAUCGACGGCACCUUCUUCCGCGUCAUGGUCGACCCAUUCGUCCCCCCAGUGGAAGGAAACGUGCCCCUCGACGGUGAUGGCAACAUGUCCGCCUUCCGAUUCCACGACGGCAAAGUCGAUAUGAAAACGCGAUACGUGCACACCCAGCGCUAUAUGCUGGAGCGCCGAGCGGGAAAAGCUCUGUUUGGCUUGUAUCGAAACCCGUGGUCGCAUCAUCCGUGUGUGCGAGCGGCGGUCGACUCGACGGCGAAUACGAAUCUCGUCUACUGGGCGGGGAAAUUGUUGGCGUUGAAGGAGAGUGCGCUACCCUAUCACGUGGAUCCUCAGACUAUGGAAACCAUUGGUUAUGAUCCCUUUGGACAGGUCAAUGCAAAGUCUUUCACGGCACAUCCCAAGUACGAUCCCAUCACCGACGAGCUCGUUGUGCACGGAUAUGAAGCGACAGGCAUGGCCUCGUUGGACGUGGUGACCUAUUCAAUCGAUCGAGCCGGUACCAUCAAGAACGUCUUUUGGUGCAAACAACCCUUUGCUGAAGGCCGACCCGGCCCCAUCCACGACUGCGCCAUCACCAAGUCCUGGCUCAUCCUCUUCAUCUGGCCCUUCGAAGCCGACGUCGACCGCAUGAAACGCGGAGGUCACCACUGGGCCUGGAACUACGACCGUCCCAACACCAUCAUGGUCAUCCCCCGCAACGCCGCCUCCCCUCCCGCUGGCUGGUCUCCCGGCGAAGUCCGCCACUACACCUGGACCAACUCCAUGGCCAUCCACACGGCAGGCGCCUGGGAAGACCCUUCAGACCCGAGCAAAAUCUCCGUCGAAUCCUCCCUCGUGCACGAAAACGCUUUUCCCUUUUUCCCACCCGACAACGGCCGCAUGCCCGACCCCAACGCCAAAGCCGAAUUCGUCCGCUGGUCCAUCGACGCCACCCAACCCGCCGGCACACGCAUGUCCGACCCGACCACAGUCCUCGACUGCCCGGCCGAAUUCCCUCGAAUCGACGAACGUCUUCUCGCCCAAGAAUACAACUGGGUCUUCCUGAACGUCUUCAUCCCCCAAAACUCUCUCACGGGAGCAGAUAACAUUUACCAUGGUCUCAAUGGUCUCGCGAUGGUACAUAAUAAAACAGGUCAAACUACGUGGUAUUAUGCGGGUGAUGAGUCUUCGAUUCAGGAACCGAUUUUUAUUCCUCGCAGUGAAGAUGCUGAGGAAGGUGAUGGAUGGGUGAUGGCGCUGAUUGAACGUGUGAGAGAGAAUCGAUGUGAUGUCGUGGUUAUUGAUACCAGGAAUUUUAGUCAGGAAAUUGCUAUGGUGCAGUUGCCGAUGCAUAUGAAGGCGCAAGUCCACGGAAAUUGGAUCAGCGCCAAAGAUCUCGGCGGCUAUCAACCCCUAGCCAAGACAAUUCCCGAUUUCGAAAUGUUAAAGCAAGGAGCUUUGGAGCCUUUGAUGAAUUAGGUAGAUUUGAUUUGAGAUAAAAUCAGAUCAGAUCAGAUCAAAUCGGGUCUGAGAAAGAAAGAAGGAAAGGGGGAUUGGGUUGGUUUUUGGGUGCACUAUCACUUUACCCUUACCCUUACUCUUAUUUUAUAUAUACCAGUGCAGCGAGGGAAAGAAAGAAA